GGCUCCGUACACCAGGAUCACACAUAACCUUACCGUCCGUAUGCAAUCAUUCACCACUACAUUCUCAGUACAUACAUACAUACUAAGAUUUAAAAACUCUCAUUUUUCGUAUUAUUUACUCUUCGCCUACUAACCUAUUAGAUUCUCUGCUUUUUAUACAUACAUAGUCAAUCUUCUCAAAGUUCAAAUUUAUACCCGCCGAAACAGACGAGAGGAGGGAAACGGAGGAGCGAAAGAAUUAAAUCAAAUUAAAUUUAAUAAAGCAAGGAAAGCAAGGAAAGCAAAGUAAAGCAAACAUGUCUCAAAAAUCUCAACAAAGUUCGUAUCCUCCCCUCCCUUCCUCAUAACCUAUCUCUUCCCCCCGCCUCCUACCUUUCCCCAUCCUCUCCUACAAAAACCACACCCACCCCAACCAUCCUCAACAUACCUACCAAAACCAACCAACUAACCUCUCCCCCGCUCUCCCAAAAUAGUCGACCUAACCACCCUCACCACCCCGCAAUUAACCCAAGUCAAAAAGCAACUAGACGACGAACUCGAGCAUCUAACUUCUUCCUUUCAACAACUGCGCGCCGCGCAGAAUAAGUUUCGCGAGUGUUUGAGGUGUAUUGGGGUUGGAGUUGGGAAGGAGGUUGAAGGUUUGUUUUUUCUUUAUGUUUCUUUUUUGAGGAUCUGGGAUUGGGGAUUGGGUUUUUUAUAUUUGCGCGUGGAAAUGGGGAGGGAGGGGUUGAAUGAUUGAGGAUUGGAGAAGGCAGUGCAGGGGGGGAUUGGCAGAGCUGGGGAAGGAGAGAAUGGAUAUGAGGAGUUGUGUUGUGCGGGUGGUCGUGCAGAUGAUUAAGGCCGAAUCUGCGGAUUUGCGCCAAAGUCAUUCUGUUCAGAUGCUUGCUUGUGGAAAGAAGAGCUUCACACGAAUCCUCCUCUAGAACCAAAGGCCAAAGCUCAAAUCCUCAGCUUUUCCUCCCUCCUUCUCAUCUUCCAUCCCUCCUCCAGCCCAUCCUCCUUCCUUCUCCUUGCACUCUCCUUCCCCGCGAUCCUUCUCUCUCCUCUCCUCCUCCCUCCUCUUUCCCAAUCUACCCUAAUCAACAAACAGCUUACACCUUCUCUUCCCACAGGUAAACCAAUCCUCGUACCCCUCACAACAUCCCUCUACGUACCCGGCCAAUUAGCCGAUACCGAGAAUGUAAUUGUAGAUGUUGGAACUGGGUUUUAUGUUGAGAAGGUAUGGUUCAAUUGCUCUUUCACCUCAUACUGGUAAUGGGAAGUACACGUUACUUUUUUCAAACAGGCUAAUACAUACUACAGAGUACCAAAGAUGCAACAAAGUUUUACGAAGCAAAGAUUGAGGAAAUUGGAACCAAUUUGAAGGAUUUGGAAAUCAUAGUCAAUAAUAAGUCGAAUAGUUUACGAGUCGUUGAAGAUGGUAUGUUUCUUUGGUUUGCUACAAAAUCAUGGAAUUUUUGCUAAUAUUUAAAUAUAGUUCUACGUCAGAAAGUUCUUAGCUCAAACGCCGGUACAGCCUCAGCUUCAACAUCUUGAUAUCUUUGCGCUAUGGACAAAAAGGAAAAACAGUUCCAAAUUUCAAAUAGUCUCGUACGUAGGAAUCAAACCAUUCGAGACGCCACAAAGGUCUUAUUGUCAAGUAGAGGAAGAACGCUAAUUAGGAAAUCGGCUCCAAGUAAAGGCCGAUUGAAAGUCCAAUGGUAAUUCAUCUCAUUUGGCAUUAGCAACGAGAAGAAAUGAGAAAGGGAUGAUAUGAUGAACUCGGAAAGUGAGGUUGAACAGGCGAUUUCUCGGAAGAGGGUUGUCGAGUUGGCCCAAAUAAUGGAACUGAAUUUGCUCGAUGUUCAACAUAAAAUCGGGUGCUUAGACAGUGCUGAAUGAUUUUGACUUCGACUGAUGAAAACCAUCCAGGAGGUAAUUAAGCUGUUCGAUAAAAAC